UCCUACCUAGCCACAAGGCAGCACGGAAGACAUGGGCAAGACCAUUCCCCGGUUCCUGGAGCAACUGGACCUCAUCAAAAGCUUCGUGGGCCUGGCUACAGGCGCCGGGGCCUUAUACCUGCUGUACAAGGCCAUCAGGACUGGCUUAAAAUGUCAUCCACCACUCUGCUCCAACUCGCCGAUCUGUAUUGCCCGCCUGGCCAUCGAGAGAGAGCGCCACGGGCGGGACUCGGGUGAGAUUCGAAGACUUCUCAACUCUCUAGACUGCAAACAGGAUGACUAUACCAGGAGCAUGAUCCUUCAUAACAUCACCCGCUGCGUGUACUUGCUGGAGGCUGAGGAGCAUUGUAUCAAGGUACUGGAACUGAUUUCCACCAUCUGGGACUUGGAACUGCACGUAGCUGGUCUCCGAUUGCUCAACAACCUCCCGCUACCUGACUAUGUGCAUCCACAGCUGCGGCGGGUGAUGCCCGCCCUGAUGGAGAUCGUACAGUCAGACUGCAUCCUGGCACAGGUACAAGCUGUCCGCCUCCUGAGUUACCUGGCACAGAAGAACGACCUUCUUUAUGACAUUCUCAACUGUCAGGUGCGUCCCAACUUCCUGAACCUCUUCCAGUCUUCACAGCCGGGCAGUCUGCUGUUCGAGGUGCUGGUGUUUGCGGAACACUUGAGUGAAGGUCGGAACGCCACCCACUACCGAGCGGUCAAAUGGCAUUACAACGAGCAAUCCCUGCACGAAGCCCUCUUUGGGGAUGAGUCCAGAUUGGCAGACCGACUGCUCUCCCUGGUCAUCCACCCUGAGGAGGAAGUUCAGAUUCAGGCCUGCAAAGUCAUAGUGAGCUUGCAGUGUCCCCAGGACUUGGGAUCCCGACCCUCUUCCUGCCGACCUAGCCAUUCCUGCUUUAAAACCGGGAAGUGAAGUUAAGGAGAUCCAAUAAAUGCGUACGGGAGGGAAGCUCGAGGCCUCCGGAAGCAAGCGUCUGUCCGUUGCCUCCCAGGACCUGGGUGGAGGUGCUGUUCAUCAGGGCCUCCCCCUAGGCCGUGGAACAGCACCCAAACACAUCCC